UCGCAGAACUCGACGGGUUUUCGGGCGUCGACGUGGGACAGCAGGCACAUGUCUUCAAAAAGUGGCAGUGGCUACAGCAACAGCAAUGAGGCAUUUGAAUCAUCAAGUUCGCAAGCAAGCUCGAAAGAAGAAGAAGAAGAAGUUGAAGAGGAAAAGACUGGAGAAACUGGAGAAGAUGGAGAAGAGACCGUGCAGAAAGUGCUUGAAUCCUACAAACUGGAGCGCUAUUUGGAAAUGGACGAUACUACCUUUGAGAAGGCUCACUUUCCGAAAGAUAUAGCUAAAGCUGUGUCAGAGAUGUGGGACUCCUGGACCUGCGAGAUCGGCUCCAGAGAAGCCCGUGGUGAGGCCUUUUACACAGCACUCUUCGAUGCGGCUCCAAGUCUUCAGCUGAUGUUCAAAAGCCCAAAGGCUGUGAUGGCUAUGCGCUUCGUGGAAGGGCUCACCGCUUUGGUCAAUGCAAUGGGCAAUCCCACUACCCUCUUCAAAGAAGUUGAAGCACUGGGCUUCAGGCACCUGGACAUCGAAAUUACCAGUAUCAGGGCUGGCUUUUUCAGAGAAGCUUUGAUGGAUACCAUUGAUGACCAACUCGGUGGGCAAGUUUCGAUGCCAGCGAGGGCGGGCUUGCACUGCUUGCUGAACUAUGCAGGGGGUGCCUUUUGCUACAUCCGGAGGGAGUAUGCUGGCCGAAUAAAUACCAUUGUGCGGAGUUGGAACGUGGUCCAGAAGUCGGCCAUGGAGGCAUAUUUGCAGGAGGACCAAAACACCUUCGGGGAUAUAGAGGGAAACGAACCCGCGGAGAACGAGCAAAAGGAUCAAAAGCAGCAGAAGGAGCCAGAAAAAACGGAGCAAAAAGCGGCACAGCUUGGCUCAGCUGAUGCAAAGGAUGAAGAGGUUUUGCCUGACGAAAAAGAGAUGAAGGUCCCAACAACUUUCAACGAGAUGCUUCUCUUCAAUGCAUCUGUGAUGGGCUACGGCGCAAGCACAUGGAUGAGCAUCGUGCUGGCACAGUUCGACGACAUGGUCAGGAACGUCGCGAACUUCACCCGCUUGCAGGAGCAGUGUGAUGUGAUGUCCCUGGUGCUUGCCAAGUACAAGGGAAAGAUCCUUCUGACAGAGUUCAAAGCGGUGACGUUGGCUUCCCUGCGGUCACUUCUGCCGCAGGAUUGGGACUCUGAGCAUGAGGUCGCCUGGGGUUGGCUUUGGGAGAACAUCGAGGGACUCCUGGGUUCAAUGCUAGGCAAACCGGCCCUGCAAGAAAAGGCAUUGGAGCGCUUCCUAUCCAACCUCAGUGAAGAGGAAUUGCGAAAGGUGGGCUCAAGUCUCUUCCCAUCAUUCUUCGAUCUUGCUCCAGCUGGGCAGGACUUCCUAAAGCAGUCAGCCACGCGCAUCAACUUCAUUGGAGACAAAGUGGUGGCGAUGACCUUGGAGAUGUACCGUACGCCACGGCACAUGGUUGAAACCCUAUCUGCCCUGGGCUUGCGGCAUGUGGGCUAUGCGAUACCCACCGAAAUGUUCCCGCCCUUCGUUUCAGCGGCUGUUGCUCUCUUACAACGCCACAGCACUGAUGAGUUGGUCGUUGAGGCUUUCAGAUGGUCUUUGGCAUUGAUUGCCAAGAUUUUGGUGAGGAGCAUAACGGAAGGAUCUACCUUGGUAAUGAAGGCAAUCAAUACCAACAACAAGCUCACCUUGAUGAAGGCCAUGGAUGUAUCUUCAAGAGGUCAACGCGCCAAUGACUUACUUAGCAUCACAGUGGGCACUCAGUCAAUCUCACCCUUCUACUGGUCAAUUGACAGUGGUGCCCUGGUGUGUGCACAGACAAUUCUUGAAGACUUGCUGACCAUCCGAGCAGACCGUGAUGUCUACUACUAUGGUUGUGACAAUCUCUUCACUCGUCACCCGGAAGUGAUCAAGAGAAUUUGCGUGAGCGCUCCAUCAUUGCUUCCAACUUUACUGGACGGCUUGGUGUGGCGGUCGCGACAGACGAAAGAAGGUAUGCGAAGGGUAAACUAUUACGUGAAGCACUUGAUUCAGGAUUUGGAGGGCAAUUUCAGCCCGAACUUGGAAUGUUUGGUGACUCACGGAGACCCGAACACCAUCAGACAUCCAACUGUGGUGCUCUUUGCUGACAUCUUGUGGCACAAGGUGGCAAGCUUCAAGUUUGUGGUCUCAAAGCUCUUCUCAGUCUUCAUCCUGAUCGUUUUUAUCUUCGGACAAGCCGUGUUGCUUCGCCACAACACCGAACAAGCACCAGAAGAAGAGUACGCAAUGUUUGCCUGCCGUGUGGUCAAUUACGUGGGAAGCCUGAGCAAACUCGUUUUCAGCCAGCUGCGAAAGUUCUUCUCGGACUUGCAGAAUCGCGACUAUCGCUGGAUAUGUGGUAUACCAGUGCCGGCAUACCUUUUCAAUAUUCAAGAUGCUGCAAGUUGCUGCUUGAUGUGGCUGCUGGUGAUCAUGGCUAUGCAGGAACCAUUCUUUUGGUGCUUGAGCGAUGGGCAGGGGCUGACUCAAAUGUGCCAAGAAGGGGAGGUCAGGAAGGACUUCUACUCUGCAUGCACCUUUUUGGCCAUGAUUCUGUACUGGGCGUUGCUGAUGGACUUGGCAAUUUUCUCCAUGCGAAUUUCUGCCUAUGUCUUGGUUUGCGGCCGGGUCACUGGAGAGGUCGCCUUGUUCCUUUCCGCUUUGCUUCUCCUUCUCCUAGCGUUUAGCACUGCAAUCAGCUCCUUGUACCUGGAGAUGCCAUCCAAAGCCGGUGCGUUGGUUUGGCUUGAAGAGCUUACAUCAAUGAGCUUGAGGAUGUACCCACAGGAGCACUAUCAAGUGCUGGUGGCAGCAUCUACCAUCAUAACUGUUCCGGUUUGUAUUUUCCUCUUCAUUGUGACGAUUUUCUUGAUGAAUUUGCUGGUGGCUCAACUUACUCAAUCCUACCACGAUGCAUUCUCGAACAUGCAGGGCUACGCACGGUUAAACCGUGCCAGCGUCACGGCUGUCACAAUCGCAAACGUGUCCCGCAAGAGAUGGGCCCGCUUCAUCCAGAUCAUGGCAUUUGAUGAACCGAUGGAAUUCAACGAGGGUGACGUGGGCCUGUCCGGUGGUAUACAGGUUUUGGAGCCUUCGAAUGAGCAUCUUGUGACGGAGGAUUCCAUCAAGCGAUUUGGCGGCUCGACUGCUCCCACGGCACCCUGGCCCCAGACACAGGUUCCAGAGGAGGAACAGGACAAAAUAGCGCUGCUGGAGAAGAAGUUGAUGAAGAUUAUCAAGGUUUCCAGCAGCAAACACAAUCGUGGCGGCAGCACGACAGGUUCGAGUAUGUCAGGAGCAUCAGGGGCAGGGACUAGUAGCGCGAUCGAUAGCAGCUAAGCUUAGGCCACGUAGCUUAGACUCGUUGCCUGAGAAACAGGUAUACCUGUAGCAGAUGUAGCAGGUUGACGUGCGUUGAACUAAUUAGUUGCAACUGCACAAGGGCAGAAUAUCGCCAAAGUUUGAAGGCUUUCUCUGGCAAAAGCCCAAAGCUCUGC